AUGGCUUUUUUGAAUAUUUUCAAGCAAAAACGUGGUGAUGAAGCUUCACAACUGAGCGCAAAGGGACGGGAGGAAAUUUCUCAAUCGAUUAAGAUAUGCAAAAGUGACGAUGCUGCUAACGAACAUAGCUGCUCUGGUGAUUGCAAAACAGAAAUUGAAGAAGGAGAGCAGGCCUUUGCGAAACUAAAGAUCGAACAUGAAACUCCUUUGUUGAACUCUUCUAAAACGCCAAAAAUUCACUUCGUUGUCCCCACCUCUCAAAUCGAUUGGCAGCAUGAUGCCUGCCUCGAGGACCCAAAGUCAGUACAGUAUAAAAUUUCCCAGUGGUGUGAUAAGAAUUCAGCUAAAUUUUCCAACGUGGGCACAGGCAAGACACUAAACUGUGCAGUUUCAUCUUUACCUAAAGAUAUCAUGGAUAUUGAUGUUAUGCGGGGAACCAAGAAUAAUGUACUUAUUUUGCCUUACUUCAUUUGGCUGAACGACCUUAGAUCAGAUGACGUCGAAGCAACGCUGGAUGGUUUAGUUCCUGACUUAUUAGACGAGAAUAUUUCAAGAGAGAAAUUGCUAGAAACACGACCAAAUGUUGCCGUUGCACGUGAACGUGCAUUUGUAUUUAUAUGUUCACAUACUACGAGGGAUAAACGAUGCGGGAUUACGGCACCCUAUUUAAAGAAAGUUUUUGACAGUAAAUUACAGGAACAUGGGCUGUAUAGGGACAAUUCGGAUUACAGGGCAGAGGGUGUCAAAAUUGCAUUUGUUAAUCAUGUUGGUGGUCACAAAUUUGCUGCAAAUGUUCAAAUUUAUUUACGAAAUCCAAAUACCUUAAUUUGGUUGGGAAGAGUAACUCCAACCAUAGUUCCUUCUAUUGUCGAACAUCUGAUUGUUCCUGAAGAACCAACGUUGCCGUUUCCCGAAAAAGUUCGCUGUAUUAAGAAAUAUCAAAGCUGGUAA